AUGCUGCUGACCCGUGCAGUUCGAUCAUCAGCGCGAUCGCGUGCCAUAAGCCGCCGCUUUAUUGGCGGGUUUGUAGCCGAUGCAUCGUUGCCUAAUGUAUCUGAUAAAGUGGUGAAUGUAGUUCUAGUAGACUACGACGGUAAUCGCCACAUGAUCAAGGGACGUGCUGGUCAGACACUGCGUCAGGCCUGUGAGAUGAAUAAUGUAGGCUUUGUCAAGGAUGAUGCCAUGGGUGGAGGUGGUAUGUACGAUGCUCGACGUGCCGAUUUCUACACCGAGUCGCUGUUUGGCGAGGGCACAACGUCUCCACAGUCGCACGUUGUGGUUUCUAACGAGUGGAUUUCUAAGCUUCCACCCGCAAAUGAUCAGGAGCGUCAUAUCAUCGACACGUACGUUCCCGUAGAGGACCGCUCUGCCAACUCUCGUCUGGGCACGGCGAUUGUGUUAGAGAAGGAGCUGGAUGGCAUGGUAGUGGCUGUUCCUGAAGCGCCACCCGUUGAGGAAUAUGAGUACGAUCAUGAGUAUGAAGAGGAUGAUUACGAGUCGUACGAUGACGAGCAGCAUGCGUAA